AUGCCGUUUCUGUCGAACAGAUAUGCCCUCCAAUUACGACAUGAGCUCAAGAACACGCAAGCUAAGAUAUUAACGCCUGAUGAAGAAGGAUAUGCGGAGCUUAUCGGCCGGUGGAGCGAAGCUUGUGAGAAAGAAGCUGGCGCAAUUGUGUUGGUUACAUCGUCUUCAGAGGUUUCCCUGGUCGUUUCCUUCGCAAGUCGCCAUUCGAUCCCCUUGGUAGUCCAAGGUGGCGGGUACAGCACAAGCGGUGCAUCUGCAACUCACGGUAGUAUUGUUAUCUCAAUGGCCGCCAUGCGUAAAAUUCUUGUCGACCGAGCGUCUGAAACAGUGGCCGUUCAGGGGGGAGCAAACUGGGCGGAGGUCGACCAGGCCGCCGCAAAUGAAGGAUUGGCCGUCGUCGGUUUCACUUGCAGCGCCGUGGGUGUCGGGGGAACGACAUUAGGAGGAGGAUUUGGCUGGCUUACAGGGCGCCACGGUUUGGUUAUUGAUAACUUGGUAAACGUGACGAUGGUUCUAGCCGACGGCCACAUUGUGACGGCGUCCGUGGCUGACCAUCCAGACCUUUUCUGGGCGGUGCGAGGCGCCGGCCAAAGCUUUGGUGUGGCCACAGAGUUUACUUUUCGAGCGCACCGCCAGCGCUCGUCCAUAUUCGGCGGCCUGGUCUACCUUUCUCCUGACCGGCUGGCUUCCAUUAUCGAGUUUUUGAAUCGAUUCGAUGAGCAAGCUACGGGCGACGAGGGCCUGUACUUCGGUUUCACCACAUUUCCACCUGCAAUGCCUUCAACGGUGAUUGUCGCCUUGUUAUUCUAUAAUGGAUCCAAGACUAGAGGCGAGUCUUUCUUUGCGCCACUCCUGACUUUGGAUCCAAUCCAAAACCACACGCGAGAAAUGCCCUAUCCGGAAAUCAACACGGUUCUCGGACCGCUUGCUACACCUGGUGCCCGCCAUCGCGUCAGCGGAACGGCUGUAAAUAUGCCACUGGAUCUCCAACUGAUGAAUGAGAUUUACGAGGACUUUGAUAAGAUGACACGAUCAUUUCCCCGCAUUGAAGGAAGCACCAUUCUCUUUGAGCUGUUACCAUACUCACGUGUGAACGAAGUGCCCAUCGACUCUACAGCUUAUGCCAACCGGGGCAAAUUUCACAAUGUGGCCACGACUUUUUGUUGGAAAGACCCGGAACUAGACGCCAAAAUGGCAAGAGUGGAGCGUGCAAUGUUGCGGAAGAUUCGAGAGCAUUCCGGCGUUGCUAACGUCGCAGGACACGGCGUGGGCCUCUAUGCCAACUUCGUAGACCAUGAGGCAGAUGCCAAAGAGCUAUUUGGUGAUAAUCUGCCACGCUUGCAGGGGCUCAAGAUGAAAUACGAUCCCAAAUACAUGUUUCAAAAGUGGCACAAUCUCCUUGUUCCCGCACAUGAAAAUUGA